AUGGCGCACAAGUUAGACGGCAAGACAGCAGUAGGUGCUUGGGAAGGCGAGAGCAUUUUAUCAGUAGUACAAUUUGGCAAAGAUAGCGCGCAGCGCGUACUGAGCGUAGCCGAUGAGAUGAAAACGAUGGUCAAGACGCAAGGCGCAAAUGAUUUACUUAAUGGAAAGCUUCUGGCGAAUGUGUUUAUGGAGCCGUCCACGCGUACGAGCAGCUCAUUUCAAGCAGCAAUGCUGCGGCUUGGCGGUCGUGUAGUAUGCGUUAAUGAGAGUUCAUCUAGCAGUCAAAAAGGCGAGACAUUGCACGAUACUAUUCGAUGUCUUGAGUGCUAUGCCGACGUCGUUGUGCUUCGACAUCCAGUCAAGGGCAGUGCUUUGAUAGCCGCUGAAGCGACAAAGAAACCGGUGCUUAAUGCUGGUGACGGUGUGGGUGAACAUCCGACCCAAGCUUUGCUAGAUUUGUAUACAAUUUAUAGCGAAUUUGGCGAUCUAGAAAGUCUUAAAGGCAAGGUCAUCACCAUGGUCGGCGACCUUAAAAAUGGUCGUACUGUGCACUCGUUGUCCAAGCUGCUAGCUAUGUACGGACCAAAGUUUAACUAUGUGUCGCCUGAAAGUUUAAAAAUGCCGCGCUACGUGUACGACGAGCUGCAGAGCCAAUGCAUUAAGCAGAAUGAAACCACUGACCUUGAUUCGGUCAUCCACGAGACGGAUGUACUCUACGUCACGCGCGUGCAAAAGGAACGAUUUGAUGACGAAGAGGACUAUAUUGCUGUCAAAGACAGCUUUCGUAUCACGCUUGAUGUGAUCAAAGAUGCCAAAUCUGAAAUGAUUAUAAUGCAUCCGCUGCCGCGUGUUGGUGAAAUUGCCGAAGAAGUCGACAAGGAUCCACGUGCCGCUUACUUUCGUCAAAUGGAAAAUGGCAUGUACGUACGAAUGGCGUUGCUCGCUCUUGUGUUGGGUAAGGCAUGA